UGCAAGUAGUAUGAUUGAAAAUUAACAAUAAUCAUUGAUUCAGUAUUUUCCAGCUUUUACUUGCUUGUUAUCAUAAUAGAUUUAUCUAAAACAAUAUGUCUAUCCCGCGACACAUGGUAACAGGUGACCCGUUCCCAGAGAACAUACCCGGAAAGAUUCGGCUUUACAGCAUGCAAUUUUGUCCUUUCUCAAUGAGAGUGAGAUUGAUGUUGAUAAAGAAAAAAGUCGAAUUUGAAUACGUCAAUAUUAAUCUGAAGAAAAAACCUGAAUGGUUUCUGGAAAAGUAUCCGAUAGGUUCGGUUCCCGUAUUCGAACUCGAUGGCAAACUUAUUGCAGGAUCUUUGGUACUUGCGGAAUACGUGGAUGAAGUCUAUUCUAAGCAAGAAGAAAGAACAAUUCCACAAGAUCCUUACAAAAAGGCGAAAAUUAAUAUGAUGAUCAGCGAUCACCUUGCUAAAGCGGUAGGUCCAAUAUUAGAUCGAUUUUAUCAAAGAGAAGUUGACGUAAAAAAAUUUGAAAAAGCGAUAGCAAAUCUGGAGAAUAUUCUUGGUUCACAAAACUUUUUCAGUGGAGAAAAGUUGGGAUAUGCUGACUAUAUGAUAUGGCCGUGGAUGCGGUAUUUAGAUCCUCUAAUCAUCGAUGGCGUGGUUGGUAGUGGCAAUUACCCGAACAUAGAGAGGUGGAAACAGGAAAUGCUGUCUGAUGAAACAAUUCAAAAAUGUCGCGUGAAACCAGAGAAUAUUGCCAGAUAUAGGAAUUCUGUAAAAACAGGAAAACCAGCGUAUGAUCAAGAGUAACACAAUGUUAUUCCCACAUCUAUUGAAUACCUGUCACCUCAAAAUGACUGCAAUUUGCUGAAGUGCUUCAAGAAUUUUGUCAAUGCUUUCUUUCAUAGCCUUACCUUCUCAUGCAAAUUUCUAUUCAUAUAAGAGGGCAUAUAUAUAAUUUGGAAAUGAAACCUGCAUCUCGUUAAUUGACAUAAACUGUACUAUUAGGAAGAAAGUAUAAACGUACUCUCUUUAACCAUGGUUAGCAUCUUUUAAUCUUGUUGUAACAGAUCUAUAACAAUAUUUUUGCAAUACUUUUAGUUAGAUAAUAUUCAAAUUACACUCAGGCAAAUGGGUAGCCUAGGGGCCUCGUCAUGCAGAUCCGAUCUAUUAUGUUUUUGAAUGAACUCAACAUGCUAUCCAAUCCCCUUAGAUUUCGUAUUCACGUAAUUUCAAAUUUAUUUAUGACGCCAUAAUGAAUUAAUGGCGUUUUAUUACGUAAUUGUUAAAGAGGGGUCUUACAGAUGACAAAGCUGAGGAGGGCUACUUUCGUCUAAACUAAAUUCAUCCUGGCCUAGGUCCAUUAACUUCUUACUCCAAUAUAUUCAUUUCUCAAAUUUGCAAA